AUGAAGGCAGUUAAAUUUCUUGGUAACCCAGGAAUUAUUUCGCUCGGCACAGGCAUUCCAUCUAGCGAUUAUUUUCCGUUUGAAGAGCUGUCUAUGAAAUUACCUGCCGUUGGUCGCUUUUCAGAGGCUGAAACAAGGGACUUUGGUGUUACUAUUAGUGUUGGCAAACACGAUCUAAUGCACCAUAGAUCUGUAUUUGAUAUCUCUACAGCAUUCAAUUAUGGCCCCGGAUCUGGCUCAGCACAACUCUUGCGGUGGAUCACCGAACAUACAGAUCUCAUACAUAAUCCGCCGUAUCGAGACUGGCGUUGCUCGAUGAGCGUUGGAAAUACAUCUGCGAUUGAGAUGGUUUUUAGAUUGCUUGCCGAGCGUGAGGAUUCGGUGCUUUUCGAAGAGUACACCUUUACCGGUGCUGUCGAAAUAGCUACUCCUCUCGGUAUCUGCCCGAUCGGCGUUCCCAUAGACUCUGAAGGUCUCCUGCCAGAGGGAUUGGACGAUAUUCUCUCCAAUUGGGAUAUUCAAACACGUGGCACUCGUAAACCACACCUCUUGUAUUCCAUCCCGACCGGACAAAACCCCACAGGUGCUACCCAGACUGCCGCCCGCCGCCGCUCUAUAUACAAAGUCUGUCAGAAACACGACGUACUCAUAAUUGAAGACGACCCCUAUUAUUACUUGCAAAUGGAACCUUACCAUCAUGACUCUAGCACUGCUGUAGCGGCUCUGUCAUCGCAUACUAAAUUCCUACAGUUGCUCGUGCCAAGUUUCCUCUCUAUGGACACAGACGGUCGUGUUAUUCGAUUCGACACUUUUUCCAAGGUGGUCGCGCCAGGCUCUCGCAUAGGAUGGGUGACGGUAUCGCAGCAGAUUAUCGAGAAAUACAAAGCACACUCUGGAUUGUCGACCCAGGGCCCGUCUGGAGUAUCACAGCUCAUCCUCUGGAAGUUACUAGACGAGCACUGGGGCCACGCGGGAUAUCUUGACUGGCUUCUCUACCUACGCAAAGAAUAUACAUCUCGGCGGGCCACCAUUCUAUCUGCUUGUGAAGAAUUCCUCCCUAAACAGGUUGUGUCAUGGGCCCCACCUAGAGCAGGGUUCUUCAACUGGCUGCAGAUAGACUUUCGUCGGCAUCCAAACUAUCCUCAACAAGACAUACUUGCAAUUGAGGAGCAGUUAUUCAUGCGGGUUAUUAACCAUGGUACAUGGAUUCUGUGUGGUCGCUGGUUCAGGGCAGACUCAACGCAACCCCUUAACUUAUUAUCCUUCAGGUUGACAUAUGCUGCAGCCCCAGCGGAACAUAUCAGCGAAGGAAUAAAGAGACUAGGGGCGGCGAUCAGAGAAGAAUUCAGAUUGGAAUAG